AGAGAGAGAGAGAGAGAGAGAGAGAGUCUUCGGGAAGUUGGGGAGACCUGAGAUCAUCUGAAAUCCAUCAUCACGAUGUGGAGACGGGCUUCCUCUCACCUUCAAACCCUAGUGCCAUGGCGAUCUGGUCUGAAUCUCAACCGCUCCGUUACCGCCGGGGAGAAAACCUUAAGAAAUCGAGCUCUCACUUCUGGGCCGUCGCCAUCUGCGUUCCAGAGAACUGCCCCUCUUUUCUCUAAUCAGGCCACUUCUGAUUCCGAUACCAUUCUAUCUAAGGAAAAGAAGAGAGUAGAAGAUGUAAUGCCUAUUGCCACCGGGCAUGAGCGGGAGGAGCUCCAGGCGGAGCUCGAGGGUCGCAAAGUUCUCGAUAUUGAUUAUCCUGAAGGGCCUUAUGGCACCAAGGAAUCACCUGCUGUUAUCAAGUCAUACUUUGACAAGAGAAUUGUUGGAUGUCCUGGGGGUGAAGGCGAGGAUGAGCAUGAUGUUGUUUGGUUUUGGCUGGAGAAAGGCAAGCCACAUGAAUGCCCUGUGUGCGCUCAAUAUUUCGAGCUGGAAGUGGUAGGCCCAGGAGGACCACCAGAUGGACAUGGAGAUGAUGAUCAUCAUCAUUGAGGCAGUGUGCAACUUUCCUGCUGCAAUAAGAUCUGGUGAGAUGCUGAGAUGGUUUGUGUCAUACAUUGUAGCUACAAACGGCUCUUUGGUUUGUUUAGGUUGAUUUUCAGUUCUCUUGCACGUGUCCGACCAUGUUUGGGUCGGUGAUUUUUUGUUUCCUCGGCUUCAUAACCCAUUGAACCUUUGGAUUUUUUAGCCUCGUAGAUGCAUCAUCAAAUAAUUGAUGGCUACAUUGUGUUUCUUCAUUGAAAUCUCCUCUCUGCCAAAUCAAGGGAACCCAUACAAACUCUAUU